AGAACAGAAAAGAUUAAGCUAAGGGAAGCAACCGUCUUCGUAAGGUUGUGAUCAACCUGCAGCAAAUAUUAAUCUACUGUGGUGUAGUACGUCUUCCAAAAACAAAGAGAAAGACGAUUAUUAUGCAAGUAGCGGAAAUUUCCUAAUAUAUCUACUAUUUCGUUUUUUUUGGUCGAACAUUCAUUCUGUUUAUGAAACCGAAAGUCAAAAUCUGAAUAAUCGAGCGCUGCGAUGUCUUACAAAGGAUGAUAUUACUGACGAAAAGACUGCAGACAGACGAUCCAAGAGAUAAAUUACGACAGGAAUACCAGCUGUGGUGCAUAAAACAACUGUUUGAAAGAAAAAGAUACGCACAUAGUCCUGAAAGCAUUGUAAAGAUAUAAGCACUUUAUGUUAGAACAACCGCGCGAUAUAACUACAACAACGCACAAAAAUAUGCCAGUUAAUUUAUCAGCGAAACAUAUCUUAGAGGUUUUUUAAAACACAAAAUAACAUCAAGUCGUUCAUUAAUAAUAGUGUUUAUUCAAACCACCCUAUCAUUAUCGGGCUACCGUCUGCUACGCCGAUAUAUAUGACUUGGCGCCAUUUUCAAUACCAUGGUUUCACCAAGCUGAUUUAUUUCUCUACAAGACUGCUUUCUCAGAAAACUUUGCUUACGAUGCCUGGAAUGAAUGAACGAGGUGCUCUUAUUGUUUUCGAAGGAUGUGAUAAAAGUGGAAAAUCGACGCAAUGUAGCUUACUUGUUGAGAAUUUAAACCGAUGCGGUGUUCAAGCGGAGCUCGUGAAGUUCCCAGACAGGACAACAGAGAUUGGAAAGAUGAUUGACCGCUACUUGCAGAAUGCCUGUUUCAUUGAGGACCAUGCUAUUCACCUUCUCUUUGCUGCCAACCGAUGGGAACACAUGCCUAGCAUGACUAAACGUUUGAAAAGUGGAGUGACACUUGUGGUGGAUCGCUACUCUUUCUCUGGUGUAGCUUAUUCAGCAUCUAAACCAGGCAUUGAGCUUGAGUGGUGUCGUGGACCUGAGAAGGGCUUAUUACAACCAGACUGUGUGUUUUACUUAACCUUAAAUGCUCAAGAAGCAGCCAUGCGGGGAGAUUAUGGUACUGAAAGAUAUGAGCAGCAAGAUUUUCAGAAAAAAACUGCUUCUGUCUUUGAGAAUCUUCAAGAUGACAGCUGGAAAGUGAUUGAUGCUGGGAAAAGUGUUGAGGAACUUUCUGCUAAAAUCUUUGAGCAAGCAAAAGACAUUGUCAGUUCAGCCAAGCACAGGCCACUUGGAUAUCUGUGGAAGGAAGAUCCUUAGCUGUUGAAACUAGUUGGUGUCAAAACUGAGUCUGCUCUGAAUCAUUUGUUUUCUGUGUGCAUUGCAGAGAUUUUUGAAAGCACUUUCAACCAGCAUGGAUGAACUUUGUCUUGAAUGGUAAUUCUGAACAACACUGUGGCGACAAAAACAAUUUCAAGAUAAUGCGAUGGGAAAGCUGUUCUGACUUAUGUAGAAUAUUGCUAUUCUGACAAGACAACAAGAGGUGCAAAAUGUAAAUGAUUAGUUAUGUUUAUUUAACAGAAAAUACACAUACCUUUUAUUUUACCAGACAACAGAAAUUGACAUUUGUUAAAAUAAGAGCACAGAUAAAUACAAGUUAGCAAGCAAAAUAGAGGUUUUAAGAUAGCCUCCAGGAUACUGGUUUCAGAAUUAAACUUCUUCCUGAACCAGUCUAAAAGUUUUGCAAGUAUAGCUGUCUCCCUUCCCCCCUUCUCUCUCAGUCGAAUGCAAAGAUGAGACAAAAAGCAAAAUUUCCAAAUAGAUGUUUUCUGUAUCAUAAUUUGUCAAAGGUGUCCCACAUUGUGUACCUUAGAUUUUGAUAAAAGAAAAAAAAAAAAAGAGGGAAAGUUGUUUGAAUGACCAGAGAAAUGCACUAAUAAAAUUGAGUGAUGGACACAA